AUGUCCAGAAGCUGUUGAUGGUUAAAGGAGAGGUUCCUCCUGAGCAGCAGGACUGGAGCUUCAGUGUGGACCAGGAGAACCCAGAGCCUCCACACAUUAGAGAGGAGCAGGAGGACCCAGAACCUCCACACAUUAAAGAGGAGCAGGAGGACCCAGAGCCUCCACACAUUAAAGAGGAGCAGGAGGAGCUGUGGAGCCGUCAGGAGAAACAGCAGCUUGAAGGGCUGGAGGAGGCUGAUAUCAAGUUCACACACACUUCUGUCCCUGUGAAGACUGAAGAAGACGAUGAAGACAAAGCUCAGUCCUCACAGCUUCAUCAAAGACAAACUGAACAGAUGGAAACAGAAGCUGAUGGAGAGGACUGUGGAGGACCAGAACCAGGCAGGAACUCACAUCCAGGUAGUCCUUUACGACUGGAUGUUGAAGACGAGGCUUCACAUUCAUCAGAAACUGAGACUGAUGACAGCAGAACCUGGGAGGAGACUCAGGAACCUCAGUCAGGUUUUAACUCUCUGAAAAACAACAGACGUGAUUCUUGUGAAAAACUGUUUUGCUGCUCUCAGUGCGGAAAACAAUUCAACCAUAACUCUGAUCUAAUUAAGCACAUGAGAACUCACACAGGAGAGAAACCAUUCAGCUGCUCUCAGUGUGGUAAGCGAUUCAGCCAAAACUGUGAUCUAAAGAAGCACAUGAGAACUCACACAGGAGAGAAACCAUUCAGCUGCUCUCAGUGUGGUAAGCGAUUCAGCCAAAGCUCAGGUCUAAAGAAGCACAUGAGAAUUCACACAGGAGAGAAACCUUUCAGCU